AUGUUAAUCCACAAAGGGGCUGAUGUCAACGUGACAGGCCUGAAUUUUAGAAGCAUGCCACUCUUCGCUGCGUGCCUGCCGGUUAGAAGAUUCCAUCAGACUGACAAUGUACCGGUCAGACUCGAAGAUGCAGAGCGCAUCGUGCGAACCCUGGCCGCCCGUGGUGCCGAUGUCACCGCCACCAAGGGCAUCUCGUUGUUCACUGCUCUAUGCGCCGCCGCUCUUUGCGCGGGAGUUGGUACAAUCAAUUUCCUCCUCGAUAAGUCAGCAUCUGUGCGGAGCCCUGAUCCCUUGGGCCGUUUGCCGAUACACUUUGCUGCUGCCAAUGGCAUCCGCAAUUUCGAGACGAUCGUGCUGGCUCAUGGUGAAGACAUCAUGAUUCCCGACAACUUCAAGAAGAAUGCGCUGCACUGGGCUGCGCAGUUCGGGAACGCAGAGACCGUCAAGGCAAUCCUGCAGAAGCUCUCGCCAAAGGAAAAGAGGAUAUACGUAAACUUUGCGGACGCUGAUGGCUGGACGCCGCUGGCUUGGGCCUCAAGGCAAACGGAGCCUAGCACUUGGGUGUGCUGGACAAAGUCCGAACCCCAGGAUUAUGAAGCCACUAUGAAGUGUUUGAUCGGACACGGUGCAGACAUAUCCGUGACGUUCCAUAUGAGCCAAGGUGUGGACGCGGAGGAGCUCACGCCAUUGAAGAUGGCGAAGAGAAGCGGGUUCGGUGAGGCUGUCAUUCAACUUCUCACACCUAAAAAUGUAUUAGGCAAGGAAGCAUCCGAAGAGCCUAUGUACACAUGCUUGAAUGACUAUUGCAACUUUUGUCUCAGUCUUUGGUGGAACACCACAUUCGAAGGUCUUCACACCUUCCAUAUACCGGAAAGGUACAAGCAGGAAUUCGUGGCUCGAUCAUCACAAUCCGUCACAUCCGAUUCGGUUGCCAAUGACGAGGCGCCGACCUAUACCGAUAACACUGAAAUGCCCGUUAAUGAGUCAACGCCGGAGGGUGAGGAGACAGACUUCAAUGGGAAUGACAUUGUAGAACUGGAUCUGCCAGCAUUGGAUGAUCUUGGCGGGUUGGAUGAGCUGUAG